AUGGAAAUAACUAUUAGUUUAUUUGCAGGCCCCGGGCCGGCGGCGGUGAGGCUGCCGUCGACUGUGGGCUACGAGGGCCAUGACCCCACCAAGUACCGCGCGCCCAACUACACGAUGCGACCCAAGCCGCCCUUGGUGGAUCGGCGAGUGAGGCCCGCGCCCAACCGCUACACCAUCGAGAAGUACUACACGCGCUUCGGCAAGGAUGGCACGCCCCAGUACACGGCCCGCUGGCCGCUCGAGCCGCUCUCGAUGCCGAAGAGCCCGGGCCCAAUGGCGUACCGCGUGGAGGACGUCCCAGUGCUGAAGACAAACCGCGCGCCGCACUACAGCCUCAACGACCGUCACAAGGAGCGCAGCUUGACGCGGCCGCCGGCGCCCAAUGCCUACACACUGCCGGUAGUCAUCGGCGAGAAUGUCAUCUACAAGCCCAACGCCCCCUCCUAUUCCCUGUGA